UGCUGCAGAGAAAAUUCAGUGUAGUGACUCACAAACUAUUCACGUGGGCAAACUCUUUAUUUGCCACAUGUUGCUCGUGCUCACAUGCUACAGGUUGCAUAGCUGCUGCACGAGCUAUGGAAUGCGCUUUCGCGCAAACCACAGACUGCGAACGUGGAGUCCACUGGAAGUAGAGACGCUGUCCUUUAACUCCGCCCAUGCAUGUUUGAAGACAUUAGGCUGAAAAGUCGUUCUACAGCAUAGAAACCAGAAAGAACUGUCGGAGUGAAGCUGUGCCUUCUUUCAUUUGCUUUCCCGACCAUUCAGGUUUCUCGUUAAUCAGGUGUCAAUUAUGCUGGACCCUUCCUCAAGUGAAUCAGAGGAGGAACUGCCACCCGAGGAAAAUCCUUCCAUCAAAGUAAAACCCGUAAAAAAGACUUCUAAUCCGGAGAAGGCGACUAGUGACCAGCGCAAUCCACCUGACAGCCCGCGGUUGCCUCCUGCAGACGACGACCAAAGUGAACAGGAGCGUAUCCAGAAAGAGGAAGCGGAGAGAAAAACAAAACUACAGAUCUAUGUAUUUGUGCUGCGAUGUAUAGCCUAUCCUUUCAACGCUAAACAGCCAACUGAUAUGGCGCGUCGUCAGCAAAAGCUCAACAAGCAGCAGUUGCAAGCCAUAAAGGAUCGUUUUCAUGCCUUCCUACGCGGGGAGACGCAGAUUGUUGCUGAUGAGGCUUUUUGCAAUGCAAUCCGCAGCUACUAUGAGGGUUUCCUCAAGAGCGAGCGCGUGGCCCGCAUGGUGCAGGGCGGCGGCUGCUCUGCCAACGACUUCCGCGAGGUCUUCAAGAAGAACAUUGAGCGGCGCGUGCGGAGCCUUCCGGAGAUCGACGGCCUGAGCAAGGAGACUGUGCUGAGCUCCUGGAUCACCAAGUACGACGCCAUCUACAGGGGCGACGAGGACAUGCGCCGCCACUCGCACCGCUCGCACCUGAGCGCCGUGUCGGAGCUCAUCCUCAGCAAGGAACAGCUGUACGAGAUGUUCCAGCUGAUCCUCGGCAUCAAGAAGUUCGAGCAUCAGCUGCUCUACAACGCUUGUCAGCUGGAUAACGUGGACGAACAGGCAGCUCAGAUCCGCAGGGAAUUGGAUGGCAGACUUCAACUAGCCGAGAAAAUCACCAGGCAGAGGCGGUACCCCACGUUUGUGUCUAGCGACAUGGAGGCCCUGUACAUGGAGGAGCUGCGGUCUGCGGUCAACCUGCUGAUGGCCAACCUGGAGAGCCAGCCGGUGGCCAAGGACUUCAAGCCCAAGAUCAAGCCCAAGCUGACGCCCAUGAACAGCUUCCUGGAGCUGGGGGAGGAGGGAGACCUGCCCCUCUCCAAAUCCGACGUCGUUCUCUCCUUCACGCUGGAGAUAGUUAUAAUGGAGGUGCAGGGUCUGAGGUCCAUGGCUCCCAAUAAGAUCGUCUACUGUACCAUGGAGGUGGAGGGAGGAGAGAAGCUCCAGACGGACCAGGCUGAGGCAUCGCGGCCACAGUGGGGAACACAGGGAGACUUCACCACCACUCACCCGCUGCCCGUAGUCAAGGUGAAGCUCUUCACAGAGAGCACAGGCGUGUUGGCCCUGGAGGACAAGGAGCUGGGACGGGUGCUGCUCAACCCCACCACCAACGGCCCCAAGGCAGCCGAGCUGCACAAGAUGGUGGUGCCCAAGAACAGCCAGGACAGCGAUCUGAAGAUCAAGCUGGCCGUGCGCAUGGACAAGCCCCCCAACAUGAAGCACAGCGGGUUUUUGUAUGCACUGGGCCAGCGAGUUUGGAAGAGAUGGAAAAGACGAUAUUUCGUCCUUGUGCAGGUCAGUCAGUACACGUUUGCUAUGUGCAGUUACCGGGAGAAGAAGUCGGAGCCGCAGGAGCUGAUGCAGCUGGAAGGCUACACUGUGGAUUACUCAGAUCCCCAACCAGGACUGCAGGGUGGGCGCAUGUUCUUCAGCGCGGUGAAGGAGGGGGACCAGGUGGUGUUUGCCAGUGAUGACGAGCAGGACCGCGUGCUGUGGGUUCAGGCCAUGUACCGGGCCACCGGCCAGUCCUACAAGCCCGUGGCCCCCACACAGAACCAACGCCACAACCACAGAGGAGGAGGAGGAGUACCACAGAAGGACACCGCUGUCUCCCUGCUCAGUCUGGAGCGAACACAGCGUCAGGGCGUGGAGGAGCUGAUCUCAGCGGAUCCAUGUCGGAUGGACCACGCCAGCCUCUUCCGCCUGCUGCAGAGACACACACUCACACACCGUAUGAACGACUCCUUCUCCUGCCUGGGCUGGUUCAGUCCGGGCCAGGUGUUUGUGCUGGACGAGUACUGUGCGCGGUACGGGGUGCGGGGCUGCCACCGCCACCUGUGCUACCUGCGCGAGCUGCUGGACUUCAUGGAGCAGGACAUGAUGGUGGACCCGACCCUGCUGCACUACAGCUACGCCUUCUGUGCCUCGCACGUCAACGGAAACAAGCCAGAUGGUAUGGGAACAGUGACCGUGGAGGAGAGGGAGCACUUUGAGGAGAUAAGAGGUCGGCUGAGGACCCUGCUCGAGAACCAGAUUGUUCAUUUCAGGUAUUGUUUCCCCUUUGGACGACCUGAGGGAGCCUUGAAAGCCACUCUGUCCUUGCUUGAAAGAGUGCUGAUGAAGGACAUCAACACGCCGUUCCCCCCGGACGACAUGAGGAAGCUGGUGCAGAAGUGCCUGGAGAAGGCAGCACUCAUCAACUACUCCCAGCUCACCGACUACGCCCAGAUUGAAGCCAGUUCCCAGGCCCCCCCGGCGAAGCGUCUGGAGGAGACGAUGAGGCUGGGGGAGCUGUGCAUGGACGUCCUGCAGCAGAACGACGAACACCACUCUGAGGCCUUUUCCUGGUGGCCGGAGGUGAUGACGGAGCAUGCGGAGACCUUUUUAUCCAUGUAUACGGUGGACAUGGACGCAGCUCUGCAGGUGCAGCCGCCUGACUCCUGGGACAGCUUUCCCCUCUUCCAGCUCCUCAACAACUUCCUGCGCACUGACCAUUACCUAUGUAACGGCACGUUCCACAAGCAUCUGCAGGACCACUUCAUCCCCAUGGUGGUGCGCUACAUUGACCUGAUGGAGUCCUCCAUCGCCCAGUCCAUACACCGCGGCUUCGAGCAGGAGACCUGGCAGUCUGUCAACAAUGGCUCGUCCACCUCAGAGGACCUCUUCUGGAAGCUGGACGCGCUGCAGAUCUUCGUGAUGGACCUGCACUGGCCCGAACCCGAGUUCGCCAAGCACCUGGAGCAACGGCUCAAGCUCAUGGCCAGUGACAUGGUGGAGGCCUGCGUCAAAAGAACUAAAGCGGCCUUUCAGUCCAAGAUGCAGAAAGCGAACAAGUCAACAGACUUUCGGGUCUCCCUGUCUGUGUGUACCAUGUUCAACGUUCUAAUGGACGCCAAGAGGCAGUGCUCCAAGCUUUGUCUGCUCGACCAAGGCCAAGAGACUGAUCAACAGUGGCAACAAUACCACUCCAAGAUCGAUGUGCUCAUUGACGAGGCCAUUACAGAAAUGAUCUCCACACUGGUGUCCAGGUUUGCUGCAGUUCUGGACAGCGUGCUCUCCAAGCUCUCUCGAUACGACGAAGGAACUCUCUUCUCCUCCAUCCUGUCCUUCACUGUCAAAGCGGCUGCCAAAUACGUAGAUGUGCCCACACCUGGCAUGGAUGUAGCAGACACGUACAUCACAUUUGUACGGCAGAACCAGGAUAUACUGAGGGACCACGUCAACGAUGAAGUGUACGCGGAAAAAGUCUUUGAUCAAUGGUACUCCACCUCCAUGAAGGGGGUGUGUGUGUGGUUGACAGACAGGCUGGAUCUGCAACUACAUGUCUACCAGCUUAAGACCCUCAUCAAGAUUGUUAAGAAGUCGUACCGGGACUUUCGGCUGCAGGGCGUGCUGGACGGCACUCUGAACAACAAGAGCUACGAGACGGUCUACAACCGGCUGACGGUGGAGGAAGCCACGCUCUCCGUGGUGACCAGCGAGGGACUGCAGGGCAUCUCCAUGAGGGACAGUGAUGAAGAGGAGGGAUAGCCAUCUUCAUCAGCAGGAGGAGGAAGAGGAGGGUUUCAU